AUGGGCACCGCGGAAGGGAAGGAAAAGAUCAAACAGCUGUGCCAAGCACUUGAGCCCCAACCGUGGGCUCUGGACGUUCAUCGACACGCCGCCUACAUCGAAAAUCAUUUCCGCAGCACACUGCCACUUGCUUUUCCAGCACCGCGCACACAACAGCGACGGUCAUACUUUCAGCCGGAGACGUGGCAGCUACGCAACCAACGUGCAUGGCUGCGCAAGCGUGUUCACUCAGCCUCACACUUCGGCAAAUGCUUUUCAUUGACCUUUGCCCUACGCUCCUGGAGAUGCUCGUGUCGAUUGUGGCAGCCUUGCCACAGGCUUUGGAGUAGGUGGUUACGAGGCCUCCGUGAGCUGCCGGGCCACCUGACAGCACUCCGCGCCACUAGCAAGCAGCUGCGGACGCGUAUACGCGAGGAUACUCGAGCUUACAUCCAUGAAGUCGCUGUCCAAGCGACAUCCGCUACCACCAAAGAUACCGUGCAGAAGCUGCGGGCUCUUACCGGGGGUCCCAAGCGGAAGCAACGUGGUCCCACUCCACUACCUUCCAUCGAGGUAUCCCCUGGACGCUUGGCCCUGACUCAUCAGGAGUCAAAAGAGAAAUGGAUAUCUCACUUUUCUGCCAUCGAGGACGGUCAUGUGCAGGACCCCGUUGCUUUUGUCCACGCGUGUUACCAUCGCCAAGAUGCGAAGGACCUUUCUGGAUAUACGGUGUCCCCGCUUGAUGUGCCCAACCUUGUUGAACUUGAAGCAGCACUCAGAGCUGCAAACACCGAGCGUGCCUAUGGGUUAGACGGUAUCCCUGGUGAAGUUCUACAUCAUGGGGCCCCUUUCCUUUCCAAGGUGGCCUACCAGCUCCUCUUGCUAUCGCACUCCCUGCUUUUCCUUGACCUCCAGGAAGCAUUUUACCGCAUCAUUCGCCCCCUCAUCACGGGAGACCAGCCGAGUGACGAGGAGGUAGCACGUAUCUGCUCCGCUGUCCAGCUUCCACCCAAUACGAUGCAUGAGUUGCAUUCUUUCCUGGGUGGCCCUUCACUCGUCAAAGAGGCUGGUUCGAGCGAAUGGGCAGACGGUGCAGUCGCCGAGUCCCUUCAAGACACAUGGUUCAGGUUACCAGACGAGCCGGAGGUUGUUGUGACGAGGACAGGAUCCAGACCGGGGGACUCCCUUUCGGACCUAGUCUUCUCCUUUUUAUUCGCGAAGGUCCUCCGGCAAGUAAGGCAAGCCCUGGUCGAUGCUGCGCUUUUAGCCCGCAUCCCAUGGAGCCAAGAGAUGCAUUGCAAGCUGGAGCCACUGGAGCAACCCGCAGCGAAUGAGAUUGGGUUAUCCGAUGCGACCUGGAUGGAUGACCUCUCGAUGUUUCUCAUCUCGCCAGAUGCACAGUCACUUAUCCGUGCUCUUGAUUUUGGGGCUUCAUCUUUGAUAGAUGCAUGUCUCCAACGGGCUCUGGUCCCCAACUUGGCCAAGGGGAAGACCGAAGCAAUCGUGCAGCUGCACAACAAGGGUGCGCGGCGCGAACGUCGGAAAAUUUUUGGAGAAGGUCAGGGCGAAAUCCCCCUUUCCUGCCGCAUGUGGACUGGAGCCAGACUCCGCAUUGUUCCGGUCUACAGGCAUCUUGGGGGCUUUCUCCAACACAAUGGGGGGCUCAGCCAUGAGAUCUCCUUCCGAUGUGCUCAGGCAUGGGAGGCUUUCAAUCGCCGCCGAAAAAAGGUCUUCAGAUCGACCUUGGUUUCCAUUGCCGAUAAAGCGCUGCUCUUCGACAGCUUGGUCUCCACGGUCCUUUUCCACGGAGCGGGCACAUGGACUGGGGUGACAUCAGUUCAUUUAGACUCCCUGGAUGCAGUGCUUAGGCAGAUGGCUUGCCAGAUGCUUACACCGAGGUAUACGUGUGAAGAGGCCUGGCACCUUGGCACAGCACAGGCCAUUGCGGCCGCGAAGAUUCCGCGUGCUUCCACUUACCUCCAUGUCUCAAGGCUGAGGUACCUGCUGUCGUGUGUCCGUCUCGAUGUGAAGGAAAUAUGGGCGCUUGCGCAUUGGGAACGCGGCUGGCUGGGACUCAUACGCUCUUCCGUCCGUUGGAUGUGGGACUUGACGCGCAAUUCAGGCGCGGAGGAGGACUUCCACUCCUCAUGGUCGCAUUGGAUAGAUGAAUGUCGACGGGCUCCCGGGAAAUGGAAGUCCAGGGUUCGCAGAGCACUUAGGGCAGCCGUAGAUGGCGAGGCAAGACAGGCCGCAUAUGAGCGGCAUAUUGGGCUGCUAACUAGGCAGCUAUGCCGCGCUGGUGCGCGCUUCAAUGCUGCCUCCCCGCACAGCCAUACGGGCCAACAGGUAUGUGCGCCGUGCCAACUUGUUUUCCAAGACUUGCGUGCCUGGUCGGUGCAUGCUUUCAAAUGCCACGGCCGCAAGGAUGAAGUGCGAUCGCUUGUUGAGGGCACACAAUGCCCUCAUUGCAUGCGUCACUACGCCACCACUGUCAGACUGUGUCGACAUGUACGACAUUCUGAUGCAUGUAGGCGUGCCCUUUUGAACCGCGGGGAAAGAGUUCACCCUGCUCCCGGUGUAGGCAGCCGCAAAGCUCCGAAAGAGCACCUCUUUUGCGCCCCAACCCUCCAGGCCGAAGGUCCAUGCCCGCAGGAGCUUGAUGGUCACCUUGAUGAUGAGAUGAACAGACCUUCAGCUGAAGUGUUGGAUUGCCUUGCCCAAAUUGACUUUGAUGGAGGACUCGCGACCAUGACCGACGACGAAAUUUGGGACCGCAUCAGAAUUUCCAUGUCCUGUGUUUGCCUCCCUAUCCAAAGGUUGAGAGUCACCCUCGAUGUCUGGGAGAAGGGGGAAGGUGUGGGAGCGCUGAACCGAUCCCAGGAGUCCCAUGCCAAAGUACACCGUGUGCUCUCUUGGUUGCGUGAGACUGACCUUGUCUCAGCCCUUGUUCCCGGCACGGACGAGGACUCCAGGAAAGCACAUGUCUCCGGUCCCGCCAUUGGGCCCCUGUGCGAGGCAGAUCUGCUCGCCAUCAACCUGCCAUAUCCUGAUGCUUGGACGAAGGAUCAUGUGCUCGUUGCUGUUGGCGCAACACCUGCUCUCAAGAUCUUGACCGCAUAUGGCCGCACUCCCCUGCUUUACAGCCAUGAGGAGUCCCUGACAGUGCUAGCAUCAGGCACCACUCCCGACUUUCUUGAAGAAAUAGAUAGAGGUUGUGGUUUUUGCUUUGACCUGCUCGGGCUCAAUACUCCCUCGUCAACCGAUAGUGUCCCUGCCAAGAAGGCUGACCUUGCGCUCCAGUCGAUACGCCUCGCCUGCGAUAUUACCCGAUGCGCCGUGCGCUGUUGGACUAACGGGAUACGUGCGUAUCUCAAAGUCCCUGAUCGCAAAAGCGUGGACAUCGAGACCAUCCUUCGCAUGCCAGGUGUCCGGCACACCCGACAGGAAGGUUCCGUGGCCUUAUGGGCUGGACAGGUUGACGAGCCGGCUGACUUGUUUCACCUUUCUUAA